UUAACUUACUUGAUAUAAAUUUUCAUUUGAAGCACAUGAAUAGUUGUUGUUCAAAUUUGCUUUUACAUAUUCUGAUCAGUUAUGAUUAAAACACAUCUUGAAUCAAAUUAUGAAUAUAACUUUCGACAUCUCUUAAUUGUUUCGAGUUACUACUCAAUACAAGCAACCAGCGCUAAUAACGACGACAGUAGUUCGACGAAUGACCGCCUUGUACUCUACAUUGGAAUAGGGCUGGGUGUUCUUGUAGCUACGAUCAUCACAGUUAUUGUCAUUAUGGCUAUCUUGUGCAAAGCUAGAAAACAAAUCCCGGAGCCCACUCCCGGUGAAGAAUAUUCAAUGCCCGACCCGAAUUACGUGGAAACCGGUGCUUAUGUUAAUCCAAAUCUUGACAAAGAAUUCACAGUUUCAAUUAGCAGUCAACAAUCAGAAACAUACCAGGAAACGCUUGAAAUGAAACCAAUCAGUUACUUAAACUCAACCGAGGUAAUUGAGCAUUCGUCCAGAGGCAUGGGGGAUUAUGCCGAUAAAGUUGAGAGAACGCCCGCCGCCUACAAAAAAUUUGGUAGUUAUCCUUAAUGCGAUGUUAUAUCAAAACGGUUAUGCAGAUUUGUUUUAAUAGAUUUAUU